CUCUCAGGCCCAGGCGAUGUUCCGGAGGCUAGACCCGAAUUGGGUUCAAGUGAAUCUGUCUUAGAUUCACUUUUGUACAUGGAUUUGGUUGAAUUAAACCUGAUUUGGGUUUAUUUGAACAUGGAUUGGGUUCAAGUGAACCUGAUUUGUGUUUAUUUGAGCCUGGGUUUGGUUGAAGUGAACCUGAUUUGGGUUCACUUGGACCUGAAUUGGAUUCAAAUGAACCCAAUUUUG